AUGUCGACUUCCGUGGCUGCCCCCAGCCAAUACAAGCAACCUUCCCGCAAGGGCAAGAAGGCGUGGCGCAAGAAUGUCGAUGUCACCGAAGUGCAGGAGGGUCUGCGUGAUCUGAAGGAGGCCGAGAUCGUUGGUGGACUUGUGUCAGAAAAGCCUUCCGAUGAGCUUUUCGUUAUCGAUACUACCGGUAAUGAUGAGGUGCGCAAGUCUCUCGGCAAAAAGCGCAAGCCCCUCAAGUCAGACGAGAUCCUUGCCCAACGGUCAAAGAUCCCCGCUCUGGACGGACGCAAGCGUGGAAGUCAGAAUGUCACCGAUGGAGUCAUUGAGCCUAAGACGAAGAAGCCCAAGAGCGAUUGGGUCAGCCGCAAGGAAUAUCUGCGCUUGAAACAAGUAGCCCGUGAAGCCAACCCUCUGGGCAAGAAGACCGGCGAUGAGUUCUACGAUCCUUGGGCGGAAGAUGCCGAACCUGCAACCACAUAUGACGAUCCCCGUUUUGAUUUCUUGCCGAAGCCCAAGCCCAAGGUCGAGCCCGUCACGUUAAAGAAAGCCCCGGUCUCGCUUGCUGCCAAUGGAAAGCCUGUCCCGUCUGUUAAGAAGCCACACGCUGGUACCAGUUACAACCCCGUGUUCGAAGAGUGGGACAAACUAUUGGAGACACACGGCGCCAAGGCGGUAGAGGAGGAGAAGAAGCGCUUGGAGGAAGAGGCCAAGGAAGCUGAGAGGCAACGCUUGAUUGAGGAGGCCCGCAAUGACGACGGCGAGAUCAAGUCGGACGACGAGAGUGCCUGGGAGGGCUUUGAGAGUGAAUAUGAGAAGCCCGAAUGGCUGACCAAGAAGCGUCCGGAGCGGAAAUCCAAGACACAGCGCAACAAGGUCAUCCGACGCAAGGCCGCAGAGGGCAAAGCGAAGUGGGAGGCCAAGAUGAAGCAAAGAGAUGCGCAGGCGGAGCACAUUCUCAAGAUCGCCGAGGAGGUCAAGCAACGCGAGCUUGAGCGUGCCAACCAGUCAGAUGCUGAUGAUUCCGAUGAGGGCGAUGACACUGAACUUCGCCGGAAGACCUUUGGUAGCAAGAAAGGUGUACCCAAGCAACGGUUGGAGCUGGUGCUUCCUGAUGAAUUGCAGGAUUCGCUACGUCUUUUGAAGCCGGAAGGCAACCUCUUGGAUGAUCGAUUCCGAACGUUGAUCGUGCAGGGUAAGCUCGAGGCCCGCACACCAAUUGUCCAGGCCCGCAAGGCCAGAAGAAAGAUUACGGAGAAGUGGUCUGCGAAGGAUUUCAAGACUGGAUUCGAAUGA